AUGGUUCGCGAUACUCAACAAUAUAUCAAUGGAUUAGUUAAUAAACCACGCAUAACUUACCUAGAUUUAAAUAAUAAUCCACCCCAAACCAAAAAUGAUAAUUGUCAAAAAUGUAACGAGCAAUUAUCGGGCAAAGUGUUCUGCCAAAAUCCAGUUUGUAAUCCUCGCCAAUUGGAAGGAGAAAUUACCGAUUUGAAAGAAUUUAAAAACUUAAAAGGGAUAAAUGUUUCUAAUAAUAAACUCACUAAUUUAAACUUUUUAGAUACUUUACCUAAUAAGGACAAAUUAAAAUCUCUCAAUUUAUUCGGCAAUCAGAUAAAAGAAGUAGAUUUUGCUGAAUUAUUUACUAAAUUUCCUAAUUUAGAGAAAAUAAACUUAUCAGGCAAUCCGCUAAAAGCAAAGAAUUUGGAUAAUUUGUCUGCCGAACAAUUUGGAAAACUGAUAAAUGGUAUUAAAGAGAAAAAAAUAAGUGUUAAUUCUUUUAAAAGCACAUUUUUAAUGGACUUGCUAGAAUACGCACAAAGAUUAGCAGGACAAGGGAACCGACAACAGCAACAAAACGCUCAAUAUUUACAAACUCUUAUUCAGAGAGGUAAUUCGCCUGUUAAAACGGAUGAUAGUAAGCGACCCGGUAAUAAUACUCUCCUUUUAGUGGGUGGUUUAGUGGUUUUGGGAGCGGUGGUGUUAGCAAUUGGUUAUUUAUGGGGUAAAAAAAGAAAAAAGCCAACAAUAAUUAAUGGCAUUUUGAUAAAAGAGGUGUAUAUUGAUCCUUAUUAUGAAAAGCAUAAUGAGGAGUAUUUGGAAGCCAAAAAGAAACAAGGAAUAAAACUUACUUUGCAAGAGGAGGAAUUGUCGGCUCCCGAUUAUCCUUAUAAAAAUAUUGGCUUAGGGGAAAAUCCCUCGGCCGAGGAAAAAAUAAAAUAUGAAAUUUGUCAAACUAUUGCUCGUUAUAAAAGAGAAAAUAAUUUAACAGAAAGAGC